AUGCCAACCAGAAAAGAUCCUUCCUUGAGGUCCCUUGCCCCUUUGGCCUCGACCACCUUGCUCUCUUGGUUUGAUGACCCUACAGUCGACGAGUUCCACACGUGGACCAACAACAAAUUGUCGCCGGCCCCUCCGUUCCUGCCCAACCUGCUGCUGAUUGCCAGCCAGCCCAAGGCCCUCCCGAAACACGCCGGACUAUCCUGCCUCGCCCCUCACCUGCAAGCUCACCUUCCCCAGCCAACCACACUCCCCCGCCCCCACGACCAACAGCCCGCACCGACCAAACGCCUGCUCCUCGUCUCCGCCAUCGACGCCCUCCUCUGA